AUGGGCUUGGUGGACUACUCCGACUCGGAGUCUGAUAAUGAUUCCGCACAGGUGACCACAAUAAUCCCCAAAGCCACCGACGUGCCUCCUACCAAGAAAUCCUUCCAGAAAUUGGUCGACAAGACGAACCCAGGCAAGAUCCUCGUCAACCUCCCCUCGGCCUCGACGAUAGACGAUGCUAGACCGAGCGACGAGCCCGCAGCGAAGCGGACCAAGACUGGCGGGAAUAGAUUCAGUGGCUUCAGUUCGUUCCUGCCAGCGCCAAAGGCGAUAUCGAAACCAGCGAGCGGGGGCAAAUCUGCGCCAAAAGUUGGGAUCAGCUUGAAGACGAGUUCGGAAGCCGCCUUUAGUAGGGAAGCUACAACAAAUGCCACUGUGAAUGGGAACGAGGCAACAGAAUCCACACAUGCGCAACCAUCUAUCCCGGAUGGCCAGAAACCGGCAGACGAGGUCAAGUUGGUGGGGAAGCCGAUGAUGUUCAAGCCGCUCUCUGUAGCCAGGAAACCGACAAAGAAGAACGGGGCGAAGACACCCGCCGCCCCGAAAGCCUCGACCUCAGCAAGCACAGCAGUUGGAGGAGGGGCUACUACUCGACCCAUAGCAUCUUCAGCGGAACCAGAGGUUGCUACGCCUGUCAAGAAGAAGGUCUCCCUAUUCUCCUUCCAGGACGACACCCCGAUUGCUGAGGCCGCACCACCGCCGGACAGCGGCUCGUACGAGCCAGAAUUUAUAAAUCAGGAGGACGACAGCACUACUUUCUCAUCAGAGGACGCGCCAUCCAUGUAUUCGCAGCCGGCGCAAUACGCAAACUAUAUACAGCCAUUCUCAGCUUCGAACGCCGCCCCCGACUCACUCGACGCGAUAGCUGAUGACCUCAAUCUGGAUCCAGUCGCCCGGCGCGAAUUGUUUGGCCGUGGAGGAGGCGGCGGCAAGGCCACGGCCAAGUCCGUCAUCAACUUCAACCUGGACCAGGAGUAUCGCCAAAACGAGGAGCUCCGCGCCUCGGGCGCCUUGGAGGCCCAGCAGCACAACCCGCUCCGCGCUAUCAAACCGGGCAAGCACAGUCUACAGCAGUUGGUCAACCAGGUCCAGACGCAGCGGGAUGCACUGGAAGAGAACUUUGCAAAGAACCGGACUACGCAGAAGCAGGCUGGCUCUAAAUACGGCUUCAGAUAA